AAGGUCAGACCGGAAACUUGACACGUGUUCUCUGGCUCAGUUAACGAGCCUCUGUUGAGUUCCAGACCGAGGGCGUUCAAUGAUUAAACCAAGCGGCUGCUUGACCCCCACAUUGUCCCCUGACAGUGGAACAGAGAGGCGGAUAACGGUCCUCGGUCUGUCGCUCUGCGUGCGACCGUCGACGGCCUCGUUUCCCCGACAAAGCGGCAGCGGCAGCGGGAGAAGGAGAAGCGCCCGGCUCCGUGGUUGCUCUGUCUUCGCUCCGUCCCUUUUCACUGCAGCGACUCCCGGGCUGGACUAUGCCAGGAUGUACUGGAAGAUAAGGAGCAGCAGAGGUCAGCGAGCCCGGUCACUGCUGCUGCUGCUGCUGCUGCCCGUCAUUAAGUAGACACCGCCGGCCAACGUCCGAACACACAACGCAUCCUUCCCUCUCUCCUCGCAUGAACACCGGCUGGGUUUGGCUUCUCGGUCGCGACCUAAGACUCAGGAUGUGGAAACCUAAAGUGACUCGUAUGAUUUUUGCCUUUUCUCUGGCCUUUUUCAUGAUGGCCGUCUUCUACUUUAACAGCAACCUGAAGCCAGCCUCAGAGUCUGUUGGUGAAAGAAGCAGUGGUCAGAAGUCCAGGAGAAGUCCACUACAGACACUUCUUGAUGACCAGAUUGAAUCAGCAGCACAGGGGAUCCAUCAUGGCCGACGGGAGCUGUUAGAGGAAGCUUGCCACUCUUACACCCGCAAACGCAGAGUCCUUAUCCCAGAGGACCUGAAGCACAUAAUUGUUGAUGAUCAGCACGGUUUGUUGUACUGUUACGUGCCCAAAGUGGCCUGCACCAACUGGAAGCGGGUUCUUAUGGUACUGACAAGUGUUGCUGGGUCCCAAAGAGAUCCAUUGGCUAUUCCAGCCAAUGAGGCCCACAUCCCAGGAAACCUCCGCACCCUGUCAGAGUACUCCACCUCCCAGAUCAACCAACGGCUGCGCUCCUACCUGAAAUUCGUCUUCGUACGGGAGCCCUUUGAGAGGUUGGUGUCUGCCUAUCGCAACAAAUUCACGCGAAGUUACAACACAGCUUUUCAUAAACGAUAUGGAACAAAAAUAGUGCAGCGGCACAGAGCAGACCCUCAGCCGGAGGCUCUGGAAAGGGGAAAUGAUGUCUCCUUUGAGGAGUUUGUGUAUUAUCUUGUGGACCCUACCACUCAGCGAGAGGAGCCCUUUAACGAGCACUGGGAGAGGGUGCACUCACUGUGCCAUCCAUGCCUCAUUCACUAUGAUGUGGUGGGGAAAUACGAGACGCUGGAGCAGGACUCCCGCUAUGUGCUGCAGCUGGCCGGGGUGGAGGACCAGGUCAGCUUCCCUGCCUCAUCCAAGAGCACCAGGACUACAGGAGACAUGGCAGCACAGUUCUUCCACAACAUCAGCCCUUUUUACCAGAAAAAACUCUACGACCUCUAUCGUAUGGACUUCCUGCUUUUCAACUAUUCCAAACCAUCCUACCUCAAGCUCAGAUGAGGCUGGGACGUUGACCAGCCACAGAUUCCACUGGACUUAUGAAGCCAGGAAGAGUCCAGUUCUGUUGUCUUAUUACUGACACUGUUUUCCAAGAAAGCUGCUCCAGAAAAGACGAGGGGAGGGGCUUCUAUCAUGAGAUGAAAGCUUCAGCCUUACACAGUAUUUUUCACUGAACAGUGACCAAGUAGAAGUUGGUCAUUUCCUCUGAAUGUGUGAAAUGCUAUUGGCCUUUUAAUUGUAUUAGUUUUCUGUUUCAAGUGUGUGUACAAUGUGCAGUAACACAAUGAAAGUAUUAAAACAGUGAACAGGUGCCUUUAACAGUGGGCCUUGUUUUGAUCCCAAACGAUGGCAACUGUGAACUCUUGUUAGCUUGUUUUUGUGUGUGUGUGUCUGUGAUAAUGUCUGUAUUUAUUGGAAUUUUGGACUCAUUCAAACUUUAAUAGGUAUAUAGUUCUCACAGUUUUCAAAUAAAUGCAUUUCAGCAAGAA